GGCGUAUGUAUCCGUCGUGCAUGUGCAACACGCGCUCUUUAUUUUUCUACUGAAUAAACAUAACUCUUGAAAAAAAAAUGAGCAAUCCAAAAGUUGUACCUUCUUCAAUUCCCAAGAAGUACCUUCAAACAAAACUUUCGUUCGCUCCUGCGUCACCUCUUGUAACUGCCACUACUACAACCGAUAACGAGAACAAGCGUCCUUCUUCUACUACAACAACUGCCAUUCAAUUCUCAAUGUUGUCUAAGAAGAAAUUAAAAAGCGUCAGCAACACCAUUGCUGCAACAAAGAUUGACGACGUGAGUUUUCAAAAGCUUUUCGAAUCACACCUUUCUUUCCUGAAUACAAACCUUGGAACAGCAUCACUCACCCCGUCUUACUCUCUCUCCUUCUAUCUUCCUCUAUGCAAUGUACAUAUGAGAAGCAAAAAGUGGCAAACGACAAGCUCAAGUUUAACAAGCGUAGUAUAUCGACGUCCGUUGAAAAAAGUCGUGUUUUCUCCUUUAGCAAACCACAACCGAUCGAUCCACCCAAGUUAUCGCGUAUAUCUCUCUUGUACAGCCAAGAAGAAGUAUGGAUUAGGCUGCAAAUUCGCGAAUUCGUAUUUCGAUUUGGCGACUAUUUCGAAAUUGACACGCGUGCCGCAACCAGCUUACAGAAUGUUCAGGGCAACUGGCGAGUUAAGCGGCUGGCUGUGAAUUUAACAUACCGGUUAUUGACACAUAUGGAACAAGGCAUGAUUGAUGUUACAUUACCACCGCCAUCAUUGUCAUCAUCGACGACCCUUCGUGAUAGCUUUUUGCACGGAGCUCGCACACCUCAACAAAUAGCAAGUCGAGUCAUUCACAGAUGGAUGGACCAUUAUGGCUUGACUAAAAACCGAUACCUGGAAAAAGAAGCUGCCCGUGUUGCUUUUGUCGAGAACCUUGAACGAGAUGGCUUGUCUGUGGAUAACUGGGCGGAUUUGAUUGAAUUGCUUGCCCUAUUGAACGGCAAACCGCUUCCGAACAACAAUAACAGCGACGAUGACGAUGACGAAAACGACAAUCAAUUACCAGAACCAGAACAAGUUGUGCAUUCGUUGUUUGAGGAACUCAAAAUGCUGCAGAUGGUGUGUGACAUGCUUUUGAUGCACAACUCGCUCCGACGGAUAUGGGUGCAUGAAGACCAACCUGCCAAGGAAUUGCGAGCGACCGAAGCUGAGAUCAAAGCCGAACGUAGGCGACUCGACAGCCAGCAGCAACAACAGCAACGAGAAGAAGAAGGAAAGAGUAAGAUUACCAACAACAAUACCAGCAAUAAGGAUAAGGCGGAGCGACUGCAGAUCGAGAAAAAAUAUAUCGACGUCAUGUCGGCUCAACAACGUAAUAAUAAACGAUUCGGACCAGUGGGUCGAGACAGCAAAGGCAACGAGUACUGGAUCUUUAAUGAUCUUGUCACUUAUGGUAACGAUGCGCGGAACAGCGAACCUUAUUGGGGCCACGGCGUUAUCAUUAUUGGUCCAGGCUUGUCUAGUGGCUCUUCUUCUUUGUCGUCCGACAAUGCAUCAUCAUCUACACCCGAGCAAGGACAAGAACAGUGUUGGUGGUAUUUAAAGGAUGUGGAUGAUUUGAACCAACUCCGUCGGUGGAUUGUUCAAGAUCGCUCCUCUGCUGCUGCUUCUUCUUCCUCACCACUACACUCUGCUACUACUACUACCAACAUCAACAAUAAUGCAGCAGACAGUCUAGUGCAUCAGCUGACCUUGCGUACUCAAUAUCUGCGUUCCCUGCAGUGGAUUAGCCAGGUGCAGGGUAGUUCAAGUAGCAUCAACGACAGUAACAGCAACCGCAGAAGCACACGAGCUUAAUCAAGGGGGCUGAAGGGGAGAAAGGAAGGUGAGGAAGGGAGGAGCGGAAUAGAAGAACAAGGAUUAAAAACAAGGCUUUUCGUUUGGGGGACGUGGGCUGAAGAUAGCAGCAAGCAAAAUAUGAAAGGAAAGGAUAUGCUAUGCUAUGUACAGUAUGUUUCAAAGGGUCAAAACCAUCAUCACCAUUAUUAGCACGCACACAUAAAGAAAGCCCGCGUAUUCAUCGUAAUAUAUAUCCUAUCUAUCAACACCUCUCAACCAUAUUGUACUUUCUACACAAUACUCAUUACCAUCACCACCAACUCCCAAAGUAAAUAAAAGCAACGAGUGAAAUAUUUCUAAAAGUUUAAAAGCAA